AAGAAAGUUUAAAAAAGUCAAACUACAACUCCCAGCGCCUUCUGUUCAGUCACACGUGACGUGACGACCAUCGAGCGCAGCGUUCGACUCUGCAAGCCGCGGGAAUUGUAUCCAGAGCUGGAACUUUUGUGCCUUCAGUAGUUAUGCUGGGGAUGAGAAAAUAAAUGCAGAAGUUCAAAUAUUUAUUUUUUGUUUAAUAGCAAAAUGGCCCACUGUUCCGAAGCUGUCGUUUUUCGAAGAGAUGACGCUGAAAGAGGUGGACCUGCGUCGUUUGCAGAGGACGACUCGGCACUUGUGAAGGCAUAUGAUAGCGCUGUCCGGUCUGUUCAGGCCCAACAAUCUGGAGAGGACAGUGGCGAUGGGAAACAGGACGACCCAGAGAGCACAACGCUGCAAGCAAACACGCCUCACAAGGAAGCGUCUGAUGCCUCCCAGUCCGCCUCAAAGCAGCGGUGGACGGUGGGGUCCAGCUGCCGGUGCAUGUGGUCGGAGGAUGAACUAGUGUAUCCAGCUGUUGUCCUCUCGCUGGAUGGGGAGCGAUGUCGGGUGCAGUUUGAAGGCUACGGUAACGAGGAGGAUGUUGACUUGAGCGCUUUGCUUCCUGCAAUACCUGAACAGCCAUGGAGAGAGAGACGGUGGGCCUUGGGCUCCCAUUGCCGGGCGGUGUGGUCGGAGGACGGGCUGGUGUACCCCGGCGUGGUCGUGUGGGUCAAGGGGGAACAGUGCCGGGUUCGCUUUGAUGUCUAUGAGAAUGAGGAAGAGCUGGAGCUGUGUGCCUUACUCCCUCCCGAAGAAUCCCAGACGGAGGAUGAAGCGGACAAUCAGGACCAGGAAGAGACUCCAGGUGAUGGCAGCAGCAGCAACAGCUCUGACUGGAGGAGAAAGGAUGGCAAAGCUAAAGGCACAAAGAUCCCGGAGAAAUCCAGACAUGGGUUCACAUCUAGUAAGCACCAAGGUGAAGAGGAGGGGAAGAAGACCCGCAGCAGAGGAGGGGCAGGACACUGCCCCCCCUUUCCCUUCCCGCCCCCAGGAAUGUCCCCCAUGGGGCUCCCGGAUGCCCCGAUGUUUCCCCCUCCUCCCCCUCCAGCCUUCACCUGGCCGGCAGGUAAGGCAGGUGUGAUGGGCUGUGAUGAGCCAGAGGAUGAUGUGGCCUCCCUCUCCAGCAUGCUGCUCUCCUGGUAUCUGUGCGGCUAUCACACAGGCUACUACAUGGGUUUGCAGCAGGCAAACAUGAGUCUGGACAUGGACACCAAGAAGAAGAAAAGAGUGAAUGGAAUGGAGUAUGCGCUGAAGACUGAAGAAUGACCUAUGAACUUGGUUCAUCAUGUCUCCAUGACGACAGGAUUAAAUACACCAACUCCAAAUACAGAUUAUAUGACAUGUUUGUGGAUGAAUUGUUGGAUUUUGUUUUUGUUUUGUGUACAACAGGACUUUAAAACACAGCACUUUUUGAUAUUUUUUUUUUGUAGCACUUUUUCAAAAAAUAUGGUUUGGAAGAUCAGUAUUUGAUCAAUAUUUCUGAGUGGCAAGUGUUAUUAAUGUGUGGAUGCUGACCGGAUGUCUGACAAGGACAGCAAGUGUCUUUACGGUGCAUUGUCAGAUUUGGGAAUUUAAAACGUGUACAUGAAUCUAUGUAUUUGUCCUGUUCUUGUUCUCAUUUGUACGAUAAACAAUUGAAUAAACUGUUUGUCCACUGUU